AUGACAUCAGCAAAAUUAUGGGGCGGUCGUUUCAGUGGAAAAACUGACCCGUUAAUGGACAAAUUUAACGCAUCAAUCAAUUUUGAUAAAAAGUUAUACGAGGCAGAUAUAUUAGGUUCUCAAGCAUACGCAAAAGCAUUAGCUCGUCGUAAUAUUCUUACCACAGAAGAAAAAGAUUCUUUAGUUAAUGGACUUGAAGACGUACUUAAAGAGUGGAGGGAAGGUACUUUUAUUAUCAGGGAAGGUGAUGAAGAUAUUCAUACUGCUAACGAAAGAAGGUUAGGCGAAAUAGUUGGCAGUGUUGCUGGAAAAUUACAUACAGGAAGAAGUAGAAAUGAUCAAGUUGCUACUGAUUUAAGAUUAUGGGCAAGAGAGGAAGCAAAGAAAUUACUCGUUUAUUUGAAACAAUUGAUUGGUGCUGCUGUUGAAAGAGCUGGUAAAGAAAUUGAUGUGAUCAUGCCCGGUUACACCCAUCUUCAGCGAGCGCAACCAAUCCGAUGGAGUCAUUGGUUAUUAACAUAUGCAUGGAGUUGGCAAGCAGAUGCAGAACGAUUAUCACAAAUAAUUGAUAGAUUAAAUCUACUUCCGUUAGGCAGUGGUGCUUUAGCAGGAAAUCCAUUUAACAUUGAUAGAGAGUUUUUAGCAAAAGAAUUGGGUUUCAAAGAUGUCAUUCAAAAUAGUUUAUACGGAGUUAGUGAUAGAGAUUUUGUUGCUGAAAUAUUAUUUUGGUCUUCUAUGACUAUGAUACAUAUCAGUAGAUUUUCCGAAGAUUUGAUUUUAUAUUCCACAAGUGAAUUCGGUUUCGUCACUUUGGCUGAUGCUUAUAGUACUGGAAGUAGUUUAAUGCCCCAGAAAAAAAAUCCCGAUAGUCUUGAAUUGUUACGUGGUAAAUCUGGUCGUGUUUAUGGACAGCUAUCUGGAUUUUUGAUGACAUAUAAGGGGCUUCCAAGUACCUAUAACAAGGAUUUACAAGAAGACAAAGAACCAUUGUUUGAUGCUGUGGAUACACUUGCUGGUUCUUUACAAAUCACUGCUGGUGUAUUAUCAACUCUCACUAUUUAUCCUGAAAGAAUGAAACAAAAUCUAAGUAUUGAUAUGUUGGCUACUGAUUUAGCUGAAUAUUUAGUUCGUAAAGGGGUUCCAUUCCGUGAAACUCAUCAUAUUGCAGGAGAGGCAGUACGUUUAGCAGAAGAUCGUAAUACGACGAUGGAUCAUUUAACUUUAGAAGAUUUUAAACAACUUCACCUAGCCUUUGAAGAUGAUGUGAGUUUAAUUUGGGAUUACGAAAAAAGUAUCGAAAAUAGGUGCAGUCUUGGUGGUACUAGUAAACAAACGGUGAAAGAACAAAUUGUUAAAUUAACUAAAUGGUUAAACGAGUGA